AUCAUAGAAUUGAGGUCGAGCCGAACUACUUAUCUUAAUGACGAGUUAAGUAGGGUUUAUCUAAUAAAUGAGCUAGCUCGAGUUCGACACUCAACUCAUUUAUAAAUGAGCCAAACUCGAGCUCUGCUCGUUUAUUAACAAGCCAAAUCUGAACAUGACAAAACUCGACUCAGCUCAUUAAAUUUAUUUCAGAAUCAAAAUGGACUUCUUCCUUCCGGCUAGGUCAAAGAGAAGGCAAAAGCUCUUGGAUCAUAUAUGGAACAGAAACGCCGCCUUGUUGAAUUGUGGAUUGUGUGGUGAAAAAAAGUGAUGAAUUUAAAGUUUUGAACUUUAUCAUAGUUCUUGCAUGUUAGACACUGUAUUCUGAUAUCACGUUCUCGGAGACAUCUGAUUAGUGGCAUCAUUAGUAAGUUCAAGUGUUCAACCCCCACUCGUUGUAGCCCAUUCAUUAUCAAAAUGAAAGUGAGUUGAACGAUCUCCAAUGUCCCUUUGGACUCAAACCCUAGCCUCAUGUGGCCAACAAUAUCUGAUAUAGUUCCUUCAUCAUCUUUCAUCAACCUAAACAUCAAUUUUGGCAUGAGUUAGCUUGAUAUGAAGGUUUUCAUGAGGAAAUCGACCUUACUUUGUCGUAUUUUAUGAUUUUCUUGGUUUUAGUGAUGAAAUUGCAGGUCUUAUAUAUUCGUUUACAAUCGAUCGGGAUGGCGCAUUAUAGUUUCUAAUGCGACGAGAGUACGAACACGUACGUUACUUCUACACCGAAAACAUAACAAUAACUGAAAUAUACUUCUUCUCCUCAUCAUAAUUGAACCACAAAGUACAUAUUUAUAGAAAAACGUAGAAAAACCUAAUAGCUAACCCUAUGUUACGUACUCGGCCAAGCAAUUGCGGCCAACUACGUCUAAUCCCAACCCACUCUAAAACAUACCUCAAUUAUCUCCUACACUAUUAAUAAUAAUAACUGAUCUCCUAAUGAUUCUGGUGUUAUAAUGCACCACAAGAAUCUAUUUGGAGUUCAUCCGGACAUGUUUGCAUUGCAUAGAAGUAAGAAUGGUAGCAUAGGUCACGACCACAUCACGGCCGUGAACAUAGUCGCGAACUUCAGCAACCAGCCAAUGAGAGGGUAGAAAGUCUCGACACCCGACUAGAGGGCCAAGGGGAUUUUCGACCCCGAAAAAGAUCACGACCGUGCAUGAUCCCAUGAUGGAGGCCACGAUCUCGAGUCUCGACACUGGAAUGAUGACAAGACUCGAAGUUCGGGUGAUUCAACGUUGUUUUGGCCAUGCCCAUGAGAGGCACGCAUCGGGUCCCUAUAUGAUCUAGACCCCAAACCGAAUUCGAACCAAAUUCAAUUCGAUCAAUCCGAACUAGAAUACAAAUCUGUUUUCAUGUCCAAACCCAGAACUCUUCCUCUUGGCUUGUGAUCUGCCGACUACCAUCCCCUCUCGCUCUUCUCAUUCAUUUUCUACCUCUCCGUCUCUCUCCUUUUUUUUCCACUCUAACUGUACAACAUCAAAACACCAAAAUCAAUGAAGAUCCCAGGUGGAGGGGAGGAAGGAAAACAGAUACGAUGGGGAAGAGUAACAACAAGAGAGUAGGAAGGGAAGUGGUUCGCUGUCGUCAGGUCUGCUUCACAUGCAGCCACUCCACCAGCCACCAUCGAGCGCGCCGCUGCCAAGAUGUCAGCCUAAGAAUCGUCGGUACAGAUUGUCUUUUCUCGCCUCUCAUGGCCAAGAUCUAGAAACAGUCUUACCCCUUUCUCAAGUUCUGUGUCGUCCUGCUUCAGAUCGAAUCCAGUCGCACAGCUGCCCAAGGACUGCGACGUCUUGCUUUGUAUCCUCUUCUCUAGCUAGCGAUGGCGAGAGAUGAUAAGAUGAGAAAAGGUAGUGGCUGGCUGGCUGGCUGCCGAGGUUGGGACUUGGAAGGCUAUGAUCAGUUGUGGCUUGUUGGGGUUUUGGACUAUAACAUAUUGUUUGGUAUAAAUGAAUUUCAUAAAUUUUGAGAAAUUUAUUCCGGAAAAUGAAACAUUUGUGUUUGGUAUUUAAAAGAAUUUAUUUUCAAUUCUAAAUUUUGAAAUUCUAUAGAAUUGAAACUAGUUAUAGCCAUUCCGAGGAAUUGAGAUGGAAUUUCCAAAUGAAUUCCACAAGUAUUUACUAAUUAUAAUAAAAUGAUAUAAUUAUCCUCUUUUAUAAUGAAUUCAUUUGAUAAUGAAUUAUACAUGGGAUUUCAUUUUAUUUCUAUAGAUUUGAAUAUGGCAUACCAAAAAAGGCUACCUGCACCAUAGCGAAAUUGGCGGACAAUUUAAACAUGAAACAUUGUUACGCAAACUAUUAUUGAAAAACAUAUGAACUAUUGAAAAGCACAUGAACUAUUAUUCAAAACAUAUUGACAAGUAUUCGACAGAUAGACGAACAAAUACUCCAUACACAAACGAAUAUUACUAACGGACAAAACGAAAAAUGAUCUUUAUGUACUUUGUUUACUGUUAGUAAUAGUGUUGAAUACUGGUUUACAUAGUACACAAUAUGCGUUGACAUUUAUAUGAAUAUGAGUUGAACUAGUAUCGAAGAUGAGAAUUUGAAUAAUUUUCAGUUAACACUAAAUAUGAGAAUACCUGUUGGAACUCAUUCAAUACUCUUCUUUUAUGUUUCAACUUUUAAGUAAUAUGGGUAUGCCACCUAUUAGAUAUUUGUAAAUGCAUGUUCUGAGUUUAGUUCAACUCAUAUUCACUACCAAGUAAACUCAAUUUGACGUGAGCUAAACUUAUAUUAAUCGUCAAUUUAAGUCAUAUUCAAAACCAUGUAAACUUAAACUCAUUGGCUAUUCGACUUAUAUUCAAUAAUAGGUGAAGUCAUAUUCUUGUCAAUUUGAAUCAUAUUCGAUACCAUGUAAACUUAAAUUAAGUGACAAAUUCAACUCAUAUUGAAUACUAGUUCACUCAUAUUCCUUGUCAUUUAGGUAAUAUUCAGUACCAUGCAAACUUAAAUUUAGUGACUGUCCAACUCAUAUUCAAGCAGCACAAGACCAACCACAGGUUCCAACAAACGGGUAGGGCUAGGUCCAAACUUAAUCAAACAACCCAGCGUGGCAGGGAAGAUUUUCUGUGGCGUGGAGCGGGUACGGAACAGGUGCAUCGGAUGAGGAUCUGGUGGUGGAGGUGAUGCGUGGAGGAACCAGAUCUAGGUUUUGGUGGACCUGUUUUGGAGGUCUCAUGUGAACUGAUUUGAAAUUUUCUUCUGCUCGUCAUUGUAAACGGCCAUUUGCUUCUCUGUGUCGAAAUUUGUAACAGCCAUGUAAGCUGGUUAGAUCGAUCAAUGAGUUGAAGAAUAAGAGAAAUGGGAAGGAUUUUUCAGAGAAAAAUGAUGAAGAGAGUGGGUGAAAAAAAGCAGCUUUGCUAUUUUUCUCCUUCUCUUUGAAAUCCAGAUCUGGAAGCUCUGGUAUUCUUCUUCAUUUUUUCAAUGGCAGAUUGUGGAGAGAGAAAAAAAUAUGAGGAAGAAGGUUGCGAGAGAAGAAGUUCCAAAUAAAAAAAAAAAGAGAAAAGAGAUCUGAAAGAAAGAAGUUUUGGUAUUCUUCUUCUUCUCUUCAAUGGCCGCUCCCUCCCCUUCUUUCUCCCUUCCUCAGUUCCUCCAGCCGUUGCUUCCUGGCCACUCAUUUUUAAGUGGGUGGUCUUUUUGCUGAGGUGGACCAAUGAGGGCUUUGUGUGCACAUACACACAAAAAAGGCUAUGUGCACCA